AUGUUGUCCCACGUCUGCCACGUCUUCACAUCCAGUGAGGUGAGGAAUAGUUCAGUGAAAUGGGUAGACUGGAUUGACAAACUCCUUCCAAGAUAUGAACCUCACUGGAAGUGGGCUGGUAUUUAUGACGCCAUACUUCUGUCCAAGCAAUCUGUCAAUAGAGAUGAGAACCUGCUUGCUACUGCACUGUGUUUUUGGAAUUCUGCCAGUAACACUUUCAACUUUCGCAUAGGCCCCAUGGCUCCAACUCUGCUGGACAUGGCUCAGAUAUUCAGUGCUGAGAAGGACAAGGACCAGCAGCAUAUGCUGUUCCUUCUAUAUUGGCUGAACAGGUUCAUUCUGCCCAACCGCUCUUCUGCAGUUCUGCUUGAGUACAGACACCUGACAGAAGCUUUGCACAACCACACUGAUGUCGGACUCGGGCCUUCAGUUCUGGCUCAUCUAUUCAAGAACCUGCAUACUUCUACCUUGGAGAAUCCGCUGAAUCUGUCUGCUCCCGGUGCCUUUUGGAUGAUCCAGAUUUGGUUGCAGGUCUAUUUCCCUGAAUUGAGGUUCCCAGACAUAGUUCUGCCUGAGGAUCAGGUUCUGGCUCAGCCAUUGAUGUCGGCAGAAGUGCCCAAGCGUUCUAUUGAAGAAUACCUGAUGUUCUUUAGGCACUGCACGAAGAGAUCAGCAGCUCAAUGGCAAGUGGUGAUCAGGAGAACCUAUCCUUGGUUCCAGCCUGGAUACCGUCUGUUUGAGAAGGAGCCGGAAGAAGAAACAGUUAGAAUUGAUUUCAGGAAGAAGUUCCUGAGUGUGACCCUCCCAAGAGACAUGCCCCAUGGAGGUGGGAAGCCUCCUAAUUAUCAUAUGGGGGCAGAAGUAUAUCAUCCCAACUUUUGUGCAAGGCAGCUUGGUUGCCCACAGCUUAUUCCACUUAAAUCCUAUAGGAGUUGCAAUCGGGCUUCUUCUUGGAGGGAUAUGGAUGACUUGAAGGUGCAUAAGGAUGCCAGGUGUGCAGUGAACAAGAUAAACAAUAGUGCAGACGCCCUAUAUCCGUCCUGGGAACCAAACUCCUGCAGUUCUGAUGGCUGGGUCGUUCGUACAGGAAAGGAAGCUCACAAGUUUAUGGUGCAGACCAUAAAGGACAUUAAUGCCCAAGUUCUGGAAGAUCCCUCUUUGACACAAAACGUUGGUGGUCAGUCUGCCCAGGCUGGAGAAGUGUUUGCUACCUCUGUCAUAACUGCUGGGGACCUGGAGCUUCCUUCUGGAGAGGAAGAAGAAGAAGAAGAAGAUCAGACUCCCGUCGAGGCCACUCCUGCCCCUAGAAGGAAAAUGAAGGAAACAGCUCAACCCGCAACUUCAGAGCUGAGAAAGGAUUUUGAGGCUGUGGACCAAGAGAAUGAGCUGGAAGAAGUAGGAGAGGGGCCUCAGGAGAAGGCCAAGACAGUGGAAGAAGAGGAGGAGAUCCCUGCCGAGGUGAUAGCAGAGAGCAUUGCUUUGGCUCAUAAGCAACAGGAGCAACAGGAAGACAUAGGGGCAGGGCUGACUAGCUCAGAGUUAGCCCUUUUUGAGGAUCCAGAGGCAGAACAAUCUACUGCUGUUCCAACAGCUGGGGAACAAUCAAAGCAAUCUGCAUCCGAGCCUGUAGAAGUGCCUGGGUCUACUGGCCUUCUGGCAGUGAUGACCAGUCCUUUGAAGCCUUCAAUUGUUGCUAUGCCUAUUCAUUCCCUUCCAGGUUCAUCUACCACGACCUCCUUUGCUGAUCCACGUAACAGUGUUGCUCAAUUCUCCAAAUUCAUUCCAAAACGAAAAGGAACUAAAGGGUCUCUACCCCUAAGGGCAAAAAUGUAA